AUGUUUGAAGGCCUAGUCAAACGUAUGCUUGAUACAUAUCUUGCUCCAUAUGUUGAAGGCAUCACACAAAAUCUUCAAAUGGCAGUAUGGUCAGGGAAUAUUUCAUUGGAAAAUUUAACCUUGAAAAAUGAUAUCGUUUCAAGAUUAGCACUACCCUUCCAUGAUGUUUCAGGAAAAAUUGGAAGUAUGAAUAUUAGAAUUCCCUGGACCAGCCUAGGAACCACACCAAUUAGAAUAGUUAUCGAUUCAGUAUAUAUAUGUAUCGAUAAUAGAUCAAAUGAAAAAACGGACGAAGAAAUCUUGGCACAUUUGAGGAAAAAGAAAAAUAAUUUGAUUAGCAUAUUGGAACAUGAAUAUUUUGAACUAGCCAACCUACAAUCAGAAGGAAAACUCAGCUCCUCAUAUAUCAUCAAACUAUCCCAAAAGAUUCUCAAUAACAUACAAAUCGACUUCACGAACAUACAUUUACAGUUUUUUGACGAACACAGCUCGUUCGCAUUCAAAAUUGACUCAAUUUUUGUUAGAAAAUCAAAAGCUGAUGAAACUAAGAAGAGCCUGAGACUAAAAACAAACGAAGAGUUCAGAGAAGAACCAGUUACACACGUUUGUUCACUCUUAGGCCUCUCAAUAUAUGAAACGAAUUUUAAUUUGAAGAAGAACGAAAUAUCGUCAAAUAACAUCCUUCAACUCAUAAUAAAUCACUCAGAAGAAAAAAAUUCAGAAAAUGGUGAAGUAGUGAAUGACUAUAUCGGAUUGUUGAUGUUGGAACCCCUAUCAUUCAGGCUAUAUUUGGCAAUCAACGCAAGAAAUAAGUCUAUAUACGCAUCACUGUGCAUAGGCUCAAUUGAUCCAGGUCACUCGAAAAUAUCAGAAACAGUAAUUAAUUAUACCAACUACAUUAAGUCUAACAUUAGCAGCUUGACCAAUAAAGUCUCCACUAAUAGAGAAAGUGUUGUGAGCACCAGAGAUGAUAAAGUAGAUAGACUAAAAAUAGUUUUGACGAGUGAUGUGAUUAGAACAUUUACGAAAAUGUGGGUUGAUAUAAAUAUGGUAAGGAAGAGAGGGAAGAGAAUAUUAUUGUCAAAGUCAAAUGAAGUUAAAUUGGACCCAGAGUCGCUUCAAACCUCAACUAAAGCAGAGUUCAUUAAAUUGUACACCAAGUACAAGUUGACGGCAUCUUCAGGUUUGGGAACCCCAAAUGAUACGCAUAACACUGAAAUGGAUAAAGAAGAAUCUGAAAGAUUACAAGAUAUAAUUGAUUUAGUACCGGCACGAUACAUAGCAAGAUGGAAAUUUGCAUGUAAAAGAAGAAGCUCAGCAACAGUGAUGACAAAAGAGAAUAAAUCAUGGUUCAAGUGGGCAAAGAAUAUAGUGACCACAACAUAUAAUAACUAUCAAUCAGGCAAACAAAACCAAGAAACGAGUGAUUCAAAUAAAGAUGAACCACAACAAGAGAAGGAACCAAGAAAAUCAUUUAGGCAGUCAUUAUUCUCACUAAAUAAUUCAUUCAUCCCAGGAAAAAUUGAAAAUAAGACAGAACAACAAAAUCCAGUACAAAAUGAAGAAAAAAAUGAAAUACUUGAAAAGGUGAUAGUAGAAAAUCUACCAGGAGGCUUGGUGUUAACAGAAGAUGAAAUUAAGAUGAUACAGGAAACAAUCAGCCUAGAAGAACUGUUUGAUGACUCGUUCACAACUAGUUCAUACUAUUUUGAAUCAGUUCUACCGUCAUUCCAGUUCAUAGUGCAGUUAAUUCCGAAUAUUAAUUCAAGCGCUGAGGAAGAGAUCAUAGUGGUGGAUAUACAAAAUUUACAAAGCAGAUUAUAUCUGCACGCAGUGAUGGACAUGAAGGAUAAAGAUAUGUAUGAAGGGUAUUUCGAUUUAAAUCUCGAUUCAUUUGAUGUGAUAAUGAGAGACAAGAAGAUCAUGACAUUUUCACAGCAGAACAUACCUUUCCAAUCAAUAGUAGAUACUUAUAUUGAUCCCUCAGAUAUGCUGAUGGUGACUAACACAUCGGAAAAAUUGGAAUUGCCAGAGUCAAACCACAAACUAGAGUUGUGUCAGUCAAUAAGCGUAACAGAAAGAUGUAUAAUGAAUUUGAGAAUAUACCACAGGAUCAUGGAAAAGGGAAACGUAGUAGUUGUUAACGGAGAGUUGAGACCAAUUGAAACUAACUUGUUCCCAGAACUUAUACCAGUAUUCUUUGAUUUAGUUUCACUGUUCAACCCAAUUAAACAAAUUUUUAACGAAGACUUUAGCGUUGAUGCAUAUAAUACUAAUUUAGCAGGACCGAAUACUGAUAAGGAAGUAGAAUAUGACGAGUUGACUAGUGAAUUGAAUCCAGAUGAAUUAUUGAGUGAUCGAGAGUUAGAGCAUUUGCCGUCAGCAGAAGUUGACAAGAUCCAGUUUGUUAAUUUCGAUAUAAAGUUCAGUGCACCAAUAUUGAUAAUAUACUUCGAAGAUAAAAGGAUAGAUUUCUACUUUGGAACACUGCUCCUAAAGUCAAAUGGAGAUUGCCCAAUAGGACAUAUAGACGGAACAUUGGAGCUAAAACAGACACAAAUCACAUGCAAUUAUAUGGACAAAUCAUAUAAUUUCUUGAGACCACUACCAGUAAAGAUACACUACGAUGUGGACAUGAAGAAAGAACAAAUUAACCUGAAUGUUAUAUUUGAGGAAAUUUUUGCACAACUCGAGCCAAUGGCAACAAAUAUACUGUUCAAAGUACCAAACGAGAUUAUAAAAAUUUUACUAAAUAAUAUGGAUGGGAGUCAGAAAAGUAAUGUGAAUGGAAUAGAUGAAAUAACAGAUACAAAUACAAGUCAGGUUAGAAAUAAGUUGAAACAAUAUAAGAUAAGCUCAAACGUACUAAUUCGUCACUCAGGUUUCUCAGUCUCAAACUUAAAUUUGCACGAAAUCUUCAAGCUAGAUAUGUACAACGUAGCGGUUAAAAUGUCAUACACACUUUUGAAUUUUAAAUUUAGCCUAUCUAUGGAAUCAUUUAUAGUAUCGAAUCCAACUACUAAAAUACCGCUGUUUAAGACUAAGAACACGUUACCAUCAUACACAGAUGUUGAGCCUACAUUGGGCUCAUUGAAUAUCACACAAUAUCCAUCACAAUCAGAAAAACAAGAAAAGGAUGGAGCUGAAGAUUUGCUUGCCUCAGUAAAGAGGAUGAGCUCACUUGAAAGAGUUGAAGAUGAGUACGUGGAUGCAAUAGAAGAUGUAACAAAAUCACUGGAUCUGGAAAUCUCAACAAAUAUAGAUGAAAACCAAAUACACAAUGCAGUCAACGCACAAAUCAUUGAAAUGGAAGGGAAUUGGGAGUACUCUACGAUAAAGUUGAUUGUGGACUGUUUUCAGGAGUACAAGGAUAUAUUCAGUAACCACAUAAGCGUUAAUACAAUAACGAGCCUGACUACAACAUUUAAAAAUUUUAAAGAUAAAUUCAUUUUCCCAAAUACCUCAAGUUUUGUAAAUCAGACAGAUGAUGCCAAGCCAAACCCUGAAAAUUUAGAUAAUUCUAGCUCAAAAUGUUUCGAAAACAUAGAAGGAUUUUUGAUAGAUGAUGAAUUACCAAUGUUGGGAAGUGAAUUAAAGAGACACGAAAUUGUUACAAAGUGUAAGUUGAUAAUUAAAGGAGCAUCAGUGUUGUUUAAUAACUCUAACGGAGACGUAAUAGCAAAGUUGUCGGUAGGAAAGAUAAGGUUUAAGCUGUACAAGUUCCAAAAUGAUGAAAAGAUUAUCAAGUUGUCAAUACAAACGGGUAGGUUGUACUUUGGAGGUAGAUGUAUCUUAUCACACCUGACAAACUAUGAACCAAAAUCUGAUGCAAAUUUGGAUUCAAUUAGUGAUAAUCAAAGCGAUGAGGUGGAAGUCCAAAAUAAUUUAUUGGAGUUAAAGCUUAAAUGUUACAACACAAAGGAAGUGCCAUACAGCAUAUGUUUCCAAGGGAAAGUGGAUAGAGUAGUGUUUGUAUAUUUCCAGCAUGAUAUUAAUAGAUUUCUAGAGUAUUUCGACGAUGGAAUACUGAGUGUGUUUUUAAGCAAGUCAUACCACAGAGUAGUUCAGAGAGCAGAUGAGAUUUAUUUCUUUUACCACUUCUCAAUCACCUCGCCAAUUUUCAUAUUACCGGAAAACAAAGCAGCAAUACCAGACUGUAAAGUACACUACAAACAGACAAUACCACCAGGCUCGACAUUGCCACUUUAUGAUACAGAUAAAAGAGAAUAUGAAAACAAUGAAGUAGAUAAUGAAGGAGUAAGUUAUUUUAUGAAUAUAUCAAAUGUGGUGGACUUGUGGUACUUUGGAUCCUACAUACUCUUUGAAUUGGGACACCUGGAGUUCAGAAACAGUUACAGUAAGCUAUUUGAGAGCUACAAGAGCACAAUAUUCCUUAAAAUGCUAGGAACCAAGGCACAAAUCAUGGAACAGAAAAAUGGAACACCCAACAUCAGCGGAGUUAUUCUGGACCCAACAGACCUUAAGGUGUGCACAAGAGGAAGAGAUUUGAUGGAGAUUGGAAUAGAUAGUAAGGCACUGGUGACAAAUUUGACUAGAAACCAGAUGACGUUUGUGAUCGACGUGUUCAAUGAGAAUAUAGGAGGAGCAUCAUAUAUGGUAAAUAAGUCAGAGACGAAUAACUUCACACAAAACUUCCCAACCAAAAGUGAGUCAAGAUACUUGAUAAGGUUAUCAAUUAAUAAGUUCCAGUUUUACUGUUACAAUAAUUCUAGUAACACCUCUACCACAAGUGUUCAAAACAAUUCAACAAUUAUUCCUCUUGGUCUGUUUGAAUUCGAAGAUAUAACAUGUUGCCUAGACUAUGCAUCAAAUAACGUAAAGCUGGUCUCGUACUAUCAGUUUGGGUUCAUAAGCAAGUCACUGACGAUAACUGAUCUGAGAGUAAACAGCUUCAACAAGUAUAAAACGCUCUUAAAGUGCAAUAACGAAGGCGAGUUUAGCGCAGAGGAUAUGAUUUUGCUGGAGGAGGAAACAAAUAUUGUUAAAUCGGUAAAUGGAUUGCUCUUUGAAUGGCUAAAAAACUAUAAAACUAAAACUGGGAAUGACUUUUUUAAAAUAGACCCAAGCAAUUUUACGAAAAAGGCAAAAACACAUCAAAGCGGUGUUAGUGUAGAUAAUUCUUAUUUGGAAGGUGGAGAUUCAGAUACAAGAUUGCAGUACCAUGGAAUUAAGUGCGUGAUUGUAACGGACCCAGAGGAGAGCUUUAUAGAUGUAAUCGUUUCAAAGAGCGAAAUACCUUUACUGUUCGUGUACUUCUUCGACAUUGUGAGGUUCUUCUCAUUAUCGUAUGGCACGUCGUCAAUGGCACUAUUCCCCAAGAUAUCACAAGUCAAUAUCGAGAGAGUGUAUAUACUAAAUUUGUUGGUCAGCAAGAGCAAGUUCAUAUCAUUUAGUAAGAUGGAUAAGCUUGAUUCACCAAGGUUGGAGUUGGUAACAGACUUUAUACUGCAAAUGCACGUACACGGAAAUUCGUUCAAGUUCACAAAACUAGAUAUCAUCGACUGUCUGCUCUCAAGAGUGUACCCAAACACUAAUAUAAAGCAAGUCCUUUGUGGUAAUUUCCUGAUGUAUGGAAAGGGGCAUUAUUUAUCCGAAGUAUCAUCAAAGAUGUUUUUUCAAUUCACAAUCCCACAGAUCAAUUUGAUACUUUACACAAGAGACCUGAGCAUUAUCAUAUACUGCUUUAAAAGCAUGUUCACAGACGGGCCAAGCGUGAUCCCAAUUAAGCUGGUGAAUAACCAGCUAAUCGACGACAACACAAGCAAGUUUCUGACACUGUCGUUUGACAUCAAGGGGAUUGAAAUGAUGUUCUACGACGACUUGAAGAAAAGCAUAGUCCCACUAGUCAAGUUCACAGUGGAAUCAGAGAAACUUGAAAUAAUAAAUCUGCCCAUAGAAAAGAGGUAUUCACUAAUACGAUGCAAUUGUCACCUUUACUACUUUAACACUAAUGUUGGAGACUGGGAACCCUUCAUAGAAAAAUUCAUCUUCAACCUCGAGUACAUAACAAAUCCGACUGGAAACUCAGUAGACUUGAUCAAGAAAAACCGAUUAAGCAGCCAGAUCAACAAGCCGAACAGAGUUACUGACGAUAACACGUGGAAGGAUUUUGUAGCAGAGUAUCAGCUAAAGAUUACAUGCAAUAAUAAUUUAUUGGUGAAUAUCACGCCAAACCUAUGUCAGCUUCUGCAAUAUUUCUUGCCAAUACUCAAAUCUAACCUCCAGUCGCCAUGCCUAAAUAACCCAAAUAACAUCAAUCAACUAGAAAAUGAAGUAAUUAAUGUGAAUGAAGAAACUAAGUUGAAUGAUUUGGAUAAUUUAGAGACCGUUGGAGGAUCAAAAAAGAUGGUUGAAGAGGAUGACAUUGAGAUGUAUAAUUAUAGGUACAUAAACCUGACGAAUUAUGAAUACUAUGGGUUCAUAAUGGAUUUAAAUAAGAGUAGAACAGAAGCUUUUAGUGAUGUGAUGAAUAUAGUGACUACGACUAACCCAAAACAAUUAGACUCGUUGGUAAAUCAGCUCCACAAGGAAGUUAGCAGUAAUGAUUAUUGCAUACACCUGAUAACAAAACCGCCAAAAUACCUACUGAAACACCUCUCAAAGGAACUAAAUUGCAGCGAACAGUUGAUAGAAACUGAUUUGUUGACGACGACCUCAGUGUUCAGAACCAUUUCAAACCUAUCAAGCAUAUCAUCCCAUGGAUUUAAUAAACACAAUGCAUACAAGAUGAAUAAGAGUGCCCUAUUCAACAAUGGUACAGUGUUGAGUAAUAUUCCCCUAUCAAAGAAUUGCACAGUUCUCUUGUCAGUCCCAGUGAAAGACAUUAAGAUGUACAAUUUGGCAGAAAAGAACAUGGGGGAGUUGGAAAAAGUUCAAGAUGAUGAAAGCAGUGAUGUUCUAACUAAUAUGGUUAGCAUAAAUAGCACAGAAAAUACUAGUAACGAAAGCACAACACCAAUGGACUUGAAUACAAAUAGACCAAGCAGUGUAUUAAAUUCAAACAGACCAAGUAGUGUAGUGGGAGUUCAAAAUAAUAUAGGCCGAUUUAGUAAUUUAAGUGUUGAAACCAAUACAACAGGAAUGGGAACAGAAGUUAUGGGAAUGAGUAGAAGUAACAGAGUAACGAAUGUGGCAAACACAGCUCCAAAAAAUAAUCUAAUAUGCCAAGUCUUGACACCACACCCAUCUCACAAAUUACUGCUUUUCACAUCCACUGUGAGGAUAUACAAUAAGUCAGGAAUGCCAAUAGUCAUGUGCUUCCUAGACAGAAACUAUAACCAGCAGUACAUGUAUAACCUUAACCACAGAACAAUACCAUGUAACUUGUUAAACCAGAGCAACAUGGACAAUUUUAAGCAGUACACAACAAAUAACAUAUAUACGGGUCUUUCAGAAGUACAAAAGCACACACAAAACAAAGGAAUUGAGGAUCAAGAUGGAUACUGUGUGGUGAUACCAAACGACUAUAUGCUUUCAGUGCCAGAAAACGUAUUCAUAACUGACUCACAGACUAUAUUUUCAUUUAAACCGCUAUACAGACAUUCGUUUGAUAUUUUUAGUCCAAGUAAAGCUGACUUCAGAAGUAAGUCGGGCGAAAAUUUAUUGAAGGGAGAUUAUAGCAAGCUAGUUAAUAAAAGUGGCUGGUCGAAGCUAAUAGAUACGUCACACCACGUAGGAACAAGACUAAGACAAUGUUAUUGCCCAGAACUAACCAAAAACGGAUUCAUAUACUUCGUGGUUAGCGUUAAUCACAAAAGGUCGUCAUUACCAGCAAACGUAAAUGUGUCGGAGGUUGUAAUAUACCCCUCAAUAUCAGUAAUGAACACACUCCCACUAGACCUGGACCUUAAGCUUCUGUACAAGGACUAUAAUCUAAACAGUUCAAAGUACGGCGGUAAAGAUGAACACAACACCAGAAAGGAGGAAGUGGUGUAUAAACUCAAUAAUAAAAGUAUACUACACAUAUACUCAGUGCCACCAAACGAGUCAUUGUCAUUAUACCUAAAGCUUUGUAAAACUGAAAAACCAUAUUCAGGUAGAGGAAACAAUAGAGAUAUUGGCUUUUCAACAGAUUGGUGUACCAGGAUCGACAAUAUAUACGGAAAUAGUGAUACCAAAACCACGUUUAACAUGAUGGUAAACUCAAGUUUGCUGGAACUUGAAUUAAUUAGGUUCCCGGGAGCACUACCAGUAAAUAAUUUGUGCAUACAAGGACAUUUGAGUCUGAUCGUAAAUGCACCAUGGUUGUUCAUUGAUAGAACAGGUCUCUCACUGGUUCCCCAGCAUUUCAAUAGGAUCUACACAACAAACAACCUUUCGUUUCUGUACGAUAAUAAUAAUAACAAUUACAAGUUGAUAUCGCUGAAAAACCCAGUCCAAUCGACUGGAAGACAUGCCCGUUAUUCUGACCUACGAACUCCAUCGGGCCCAAGAUACAGUUCCACGAGCACCCACAUCCACGAAAGAUCAGAAGAUUUCAUUGACGAGAACGAGUAUGAUAUUAAAAUGCCAAUUAUCGGAGGAUACGUUUACACAACAAUUGAUAUAAAAGGAAAAAACCACUGUGUAUGCUUAAUCACGGAAAAGGUAUAUAUACCAGGCCUAUCGCACAUUUCGAGUAAAGUAACAUCAGCACUCCCAGAGUACCUCUUCACAAAUAAUUUGCAGGAACCAGUACACUUGAGAAAAGAUUCAAGAACACAAAGUAUGCAAAUCUUGCCAAAUUCAACGCAAUCGAUAUCACACUUGACAAAUUUUAUCAACGGAGCAAGCCCAGCCUCGGUAAAUCGAGAAGGAGCUAAGGAAGAUACAAGUGAAAAUUACAUUGAAAUCAAGGUGGGAAUGGAGACAUGUUGGAGUAACGUGAUUUACCUGAACGAGAUAUACAGUGGAGAGACAUUUAUGUCACUUCCCAAGGAGAACAGCUCCAAAUCGUUGGUCUACAACAUCACAAUCAUACCCAAAAAUGGAAUCAAAUACAUUUCAAUCAACCCGAUCGUAACACCAACGCCAACAAUGCUGACACCAGGAGAUAAGGAUAACGAUAUAAGAGGUUAUCUGCUUUACAACAACUGCAGUGUAAUUAAGGUUGUGAUGAUAAGGACUUUUCAUAAAAGUGAUAUCAGAAAUGGGUCGUGUUUCACAGCAAAAUACGGACAAGUAGUAAACUUCGGGUGGCCAAAUCCAUUUGUACACAAGACUAAGCUGAUACAAGUACUGCUCUGGCUAGACAAGAAUACCGUGGCACCCAGUAAACCGCUUAUAUUCAAUUUUUCAACACCGUCUUUCAGAUACAGAAGAAUUGAACUUACUACACCUGAGUACCACACCAACUAUAGUAUUACAAUCUUGGCUGAAAAUAGGAUUGAUUAUUACAUCAUAAUAAUUAAUCCAUGUGAGAAUUUGAACAUCACCAACCCACUGAAUUCAAGUGAUAGUUUGAGUAAAAAGGAGACUGAAAAGACAGAUAUGGAGGAAAUUGAUGACAGUAUCUUACUCCAGGAUGGAAAUAAUUUGAAGGAUUCUAAGGAAGAAGAUUUGCAAGUGUUCGAAGAAGUUAUUAAGAGUUAUCAAGUGAUACUACAAAUUAACCAAAUUGGAGUGAGUAUAGUGUCUCAAAGUCUCCAUGAGGAGCUUUUCUUCCUGGAAAUGGGAGGAAUCAUGAGUCUAUUCAUGUGCAAAGAAGAUAAUCAGAGGCUGGAACUUAAGAUUUUUGAUGUUCAAUUGGAUAACCAGUCUGAUUCAGAAAUAGGAAGAACGAUACUGGUAAAUCGGUCAAAGGUUGAGACUAAGGAUACAAGUUUCCUCCAAGUGUACAUUGACAGACCUUUUAGUAACUGUAAGGAUAUUUCAAUCAAGAAAAUGUUUAUUUCCUUAGAUGACCUCCAGGUUGAUUUUAACGACUUGCUCUUCACAAAAAUAUUCAACUACUAUAGGGAGUGCAUGAUUAACCUCAACAAUUAUAGUGGCCACGGAUACGAUUUCAGUAAUGAUAAAAUGGAAAUUGGAAAUAAGAUGUCAAAGUUUGAUAAUAAAAUUAAUAUUGACAUGAUUGAAAAGUGGUUAAACAUGGAAAACGACUCACCGACAAGCAGUAUAGAUGUCAAUGUGAAGUUGCCGAGAAGUAUAAGCAUAGAUUAUUUAUAUAUUGAGGCUUUCAAUCUGGUAGUAUGGUGUUGUUUCGAGUUGGACAAGUUGCACAUGCUUGGAGACUUGUUAAGAGUGGGUAUCAGGAUACUGAGUGUUUCCAGAAACUUCCAACUCAUGGGAGCACCACUAAGUUUCCAAAGAGAAUAUAUCAGCGUUAACAGAACGAGCAUUUUCACUUUCUACGAACAAAUGAAGGAAAAGUACCUCCAAGCAUGCCUUUCCUCAAUAGUAAGUAUACUAGGCUAUAGUAACUUGUUGAACAUCCCAAAGCUACCCAUCACGGUUGGAAAGUGUACAAUAGAGCUUGCAGUAGACGCAGUCGACUCAUUUUCAUCAGGACUAAGUAUGUUCUUAUCAAAGUUUACCUUCGACAAGGAGUAUAUUAAGAGAAGGACGACAACAAAGGACGUCACGAGUAUAAAGGACGGUAUAUUCAGUGCAGGAAAGAGUAUAGGUGAGGGUCUCUUUAGUCUUACAAACAUUGUAACGAAACCAAUUGAAGGAGCCCAGAAGGAGGGUGUGGGAGGCUUUAUCAAAGGAUUAGGAAAGGGAAUCGUAGGUUCAAUAGUAAAACCUAUAGAUAAGGUUGGAUUAGCUGUUUCCCAGGUUUCAAGAGGAAUAAAAGCAAACAUAAAUAAGGAAGAAAAGUAUGCAGUUGAGCCGUGCAGAAAACCCAGAAUGCUCUGGGGGGAGUUUUCCCAAAUUAGGACCUACUCCACUGUUGAUGCUGAAAUCAAGUAUGUACUUGGUUCAAAGUACUCGAAGUAUAUCAUGGACUGUCUAGUAAUUUUAAAACAAGUCAACAAUGGAAAGUACAUUGCUCUCUUAUUUUACCCAUCCAAAAUCUAUUUAGUUGACUUAAUCAAUAAUCCAAACCAAGGUAAAAAACCUUAUACAAUGUGGAAAUUACUAAUUUCUAACAUUACCGACGUUAGAGCUUCAUCGCACGGCGUUAUUAUCAAGUGUGGUACUGAACAGUAUCAAGUCCCAUGCACAAGAGCUGAAAUGAUCAAUAACAUUUACAGCUGUUUCCAAAGAGCUAUUAAACACUCUUCAUCUCAGAUAACCAUUGGUCCUGAACUUUUCGCAAAUUAA